AUGUCUUACAUCGUGGGGCCAACGUUGGGGUGGCUUCAGAGCUCUCUACGGUGCGGUUCGGUAUAGGCUUUCCGCGCACGCGUGCAAGCUACCUCUGGCAACCUCUAUGGUCCAGGCCUUGGGUGUUGGGGUUGUUUUAGCUACAGGAGUUGCCGCACUGGCGCUUUCGGGGAGGAUGUAUGGGAGGCAGGGGAUCGAGUGGCAGGACCGAUCAUGGAGAUUUCUCGAGUAUAAACCUCAGAAUGGGAUCGACCAAUGGAGUGCUUCCGGGGCGCUUGUGGGCGGGGUUUUAGGAGGUGUAAAGGAGGGCCUACGCUAG